UUGUCCCCCUCUUGUUCUGCUAUAGAAGUUUGUUGAUUUAGUGUUUUGUUGUGUUGUUGAGGAACAUAAUUUACUGCUCAUGGAUUUUCUGUGACUGUGUGAGUCUGGAUAAGGAUUUAUGUAGCUGAAUUCUUUCAAUUUAUUGUUAGUGUGUGUGUGUGUGUGCGCGCACUAAAUUUUUGAAAGUAUUUGUUGAGUUUGUAAGCAUUUCAUGGUAGUUCUCUUGUGAAAAGCCUUUUUUUUUUCCUGAUUUUGGAGUAACUAGAGUUGCAAGAGAGGCAAGUUAGAACAUUUGAUUCUAACAUAUCCGGUGCUAAUGUAUUUUGAGGACAAUGGUAGUUACUUUUGUUGAAGUGCACAAAGGGGCUGGAAAAUUGUUGAAGUCUUAGUUGUUAGGUAAAAGACUUGGUGAAAUGGGAGGUUGUUGCUCAUCUUCCAGAAAGCUGCAGCUUCGUGGAGCGCCAGUGUAUUAUUAUUACCCACCAGCUCCAGAAGAGAAUGCAUUCCCUAGUUCUCGCAGUAGUGGACUGUUGCUCGAUUUAAAUCUGAAUAUGUCAGCUCCUGACACUUAUCGACCCCCUCCUGCACCUAUACCAUAUGAUGUGGUUCUGGGGCGUCCACUGUCUACAGAUGUUGGGUCGAGAGACGUGACUUUAAGUGGCAAUUUUUUAGGAAAACAUGGUUGCAAGGAUCUCCAAGGAGCAAACUACACAACCCAAUUGGGCAUUCUUCUCCCCUCCCCUAAGAAAACGGAUGUUGAGCUUUUGAAGUCUAAUCCACUUACAGUAGCAGCAACGGAUGAAGAGGAUGUCUGCCCCACUUGUCUAGAAGAGUAUGAUUCAGAGAAUCCUAAAAUAAUGACCAAGUGUAACCAUCACUUUCACCUUUCAUGCAUACUCGAGUGGAUGGAAAGAAGCGACACGUGCCCUAUCUGUGAUCAGGUUAGCUUGAUGCCUGGAUAUACUCAACAGCUCGAUUUCUUUUCUUUCUUUUUGUAGUGUUUUCCCCCUUCAAUGUGGUAGCUUCUCUCACAAAGUCAUGAAAUCAAAUUGGUUUCAAUCAAGUCUUAACUUUUGUGCUGAUUUUAUACAACAAAGCUUGAUUCAUAACUCCACAUUGCAGGAAAUGAUAUACGAGUGGCCUGUGGGCGUGGCAAGUUGUGAUUAAAUUGGCUAUUCUAUGUAUAGCUCUUCUUUGUUAAGAGAGAGGGUUCCAUGCGAUUCUUUAUUUUCUCUUCUUUAGUGCUCCGGAUCAACAUUCAUUUGUACAAAGAUCAUUACACUUUGUAAAUAGCUCAAACAUCUCAUCCCAGUUCAGCCCUAUUGAGCAGAUUAGUUUCUUUCAUGGCAACGUUGAGAAAGAAGACAGCAGCGUCGUUCUUCCUCAAAAGGGACGUUGCCACCAACCUAAGAAUCAACGUUCGUUGCUGUGGUCUGCUUUGCAAUUGUGAGCUGCAUACAGACAGGGGAUAGAAUUACCACGAUUCAAGAUUUCUCUGUAUGUAAUGUCAAGAUUAAGGUACAAAACAAUGUACAUAGCUUCUCCUUGUUUAUAAUUCAUGUGUUGCACAUUUGCAGGCUAGGUGGGAAGCUUGUUGUAGAUUUGUUUGAAUGUACAGAUUUUAUGUACUCAUACAUGUGAUUGAAUUGUUCUUGGCUUUGAAA